CUUUCCUCUUCUCUUCUGGGGAAAAUGUUACCUCCUCAUCCUCUUUAGAUUAGAUUAGAUUAUUCAUACUCCAUUGAUGGAGGUUUCUAUACAUGUAUUAUGUAAUUGAGUGAUGGGAGGAUAAUAAUGAGAAAGAGCGGGCUUGGACGUUAGCCUAAAAAGUCCCGUGGUUUUCUCCCUUUCCGGGUUUCCUCGUAAAAAUAGCUAGUUUAUACACUUUUAUAUAUUUAUUCAUUUUAAUACUGAAUUUAUGAUCCUGAAUAUCCAAAGUUAUGUUGGGCUUUCGGAUCUACGGGACAAAAACUCAACAUUGGCUCCGUCUGUGGGAAACUUGUUCAAAAAGAUUCAUGUGUUCUACACAAAAUUUACAUCAAAGAUGAACUGAUAUCUAGCUGUGGAAUGGGAAUUUCAGUUCUGCUCCAGGCCAACUAAUUCAGUGGUCAACAACGGUGGAAAGCACAACAGCAAAGGAAGACCUCCAGGCGUGAUGAAAAAACUUCAGCAGCUUGGCCAUAGCUCAAAUCUCCACACCCAACAAAACGCUAGGGCCGAAGCAAGAGUAUAAGGAGAAUGGAGAAAAAUGAUGAGUGGGGCCCGCGUGCCCACCACUUUCCUUAUCCUGACAACACUUUUUGAUGAUUUGACGGAUUCACUCUUAUCCAAAGGAGAGACGCCGAAUCCGGAACGGGAAUUCCCGAACGCCAAAGCUAACAAAUCAACGGAGACAGGAGAGGAGUCCGAACGGGAAUCUCCUGAACGUUCCUACUCGCCGGAGGAUCUCGAUCCAAGCCACGCACGCCAACAGAAAGAAAUGGCUAGUCAACAUGGCAGGGUCCCGAAUGGGAGUUUUAGGAACACCGAACACCUCCUGCACAUCCUGCAAGAGGGAACCAGGCUUCGUCCAACCUCUCAGAUGCAAAACUAGUUCUGUGUCUUCAGAUUGUGCUGGGGCAGAAGAAAGGAAAGGAUCCUUGGAAUGGCCGAACUCAACUCCCAGAAUGUCCAAAUGAGAGCAGCGAACCAAUCAUAAAAGCAAGAAAGAAAAUGAGAAUGGGGCCCACGUGCCCAUUAACUUGACAUAAAAGGAUUACUUAUCUGGUGUCAGGGAGCCUGACAGGAGGACAGUUGAUGAUUUGACUAAUUCAUUGUUAUCCAAAAGAAAUAAACGACUGCUUCCCGAACGGGAACGCCCAGAAUGCACAAGCUAACAAACGGCUGCACCUAGAGGAAUCCCAGGAGGCCACCAGCAGGCACCCUACAUUCUGCAGACCCCAGGCCCCGUACGAGAGCCGGCCGGGAACUUCGAAACUCGAACGGUCACCACCGUGUAUCUACUGCCGCCAUAGUACUGCUGAUCCGCAUCCUGUCCCUACCUAGAACUCCCGAGCGAUUAUGGAUCCAACAAUGGCGGACCGGCAGUUUGACCCUCAGCAAGCAGCAACACUUUUCAGUGGGCCAAAAUUCUCUAAAAGAAAAAUCCGUCAUCAUGUCAUGGACCGAACGACAGAUCACCGUAAGGCGGUGUGUUUUUAACGACGGACAGAGAUCAUCAUCUCACCAAUUGCAUCCGUUCGGGCAAACAGGACACUCCAGGAGGUCCUCGUUGCAUAUCCUCCCCGAACGGGGAGAGAGGGACGGGAACGUCCUAUUCCAGCCAAGCGUUUCUUCCCCGAACGGCAUUCGCAGACCAGAUCAACAGGGGUUCGUCAGGUGAAGACUGCUGCCCGAGCUGACCGUAUCCCGCAGCUACGCAGUUACACCAGGCCACCCUCACGGUCUCCUUACCCGAGCAGGAACGACUCUGGGAGCGGGGACCCAAAUAAGCUUUCACGUCGAAGGGAAAAGCUCCGACCAUCCUUCAAAAGGUAUCCAGACCAUGAAGUGGGAAAAAAAAGGAUGCUAGGAACAAGCAAUCUAAAUGGCUAAGUCCUGCUCAGGGCAGUUCGGACCUUACCGAAUGGGAGGUCGGUCCGCUGAAAACUCAAUCCAAUUAAUUUCAAGCCCCUGACUUCCUUCUCGAUGGGGAAUCUAUACUUCUUGUAUGGCAGACCUCUGGUGCGGCCGCAUAUCACCACACCGUGCCCAGCCGCCCGGACUCUGCCAUACGGUGAGCAGAACAGCUCAGAACAAAUCGUCGGUUCACUAGCCUCGGUCGUUUUAUGAAGAACGCCCGAGUUCCUGCCUCAAUUAAUGGCCGGACGGCCUAGCUCGGGUUUAUGGCUCUCGUACGGCGAAGAUCUGCCCACACCCGGCUGUCCUGACAUUUCCCGAACAGCUUUUAUAGAUCUCGAACGGGAUAAGCGAUGGGCUGUUUCCGUUUUGGGUCAUGCCCCGGCAAUCUGCCAUGCCGAUUAAUUGCUAAUCGUCCGCUAAAUCUGGAAGAACGGGAGAAGCUCGAUUGGCUGAAAGGAGAAGCACGUGUGGUGGGACAUCAACUUGAGGAAUUGGUAUGGACUACCUUGCGGAUGAUGUCGUGAUCUUGGGCAAAUAAAUUAAAAAUGGGCCAUUAGUUGGCUGGGCUACUAAGAAAAUUGGUAUGAAUUUGGGUCGGUGGACUUCCCUACUUAUGGCGGCCCGUGCACCUUAGUAAAUGAGGUUGUUCAAUGAUUGCUGGAGUGGAUCAUCUUUGGCCAAUUAAAAUCUCCGGGCCAAUAUUUUGGCCCGACAGCUGAACAUCAGCCUUAUUCAGCUAAGUACCCAAUCUCUCACCUGCAAAUUAAUUUCAGAUAACAUUUUUAGGAAUGUUCGUUGUCAUCAUUAUUUAAUAGUGAUUAAUAAUAUCCCGAAUUAAAUAAUGUCGAGCGAAGCUUUAGAGAUAAAUCCUCCAUUUUUAAAUGGUUGGUUUAGUGGGCCGACCGGCCAACGUAUGACCGGGGUAAUAAAGCGAUCGGAGUACAUCCGAAGGGCAUCGCUCCAGCGACAUGUUUAAAUACAUUAAGAAUCCCGCUCGGCAUCGAGUGCUAAUACUUUAGAAUGUAAAUUAUAGUAUUAUUACUAUUGAUUGCACAAAUAGGGAUUAAAAAAUCCCGAAUAAAAUAAUGCCGAACAAGGCUUUAUAAAUAAGAUGACCAUCAUUUUAAAUUAAAUGAUUGAUUUUAGUAGGGCCUAUCGGCCCAUCCCGUUUUUGCAACCAUGGCCGGUACGGGGCGAAGUACUUAGUUUGAUUAACUAAAGUUGUUAUUUCUUGGAAACGCCCGGCAAACCACUAAGUGGUUCUGAUAGCACCUGAGUAGUGCAAAAAAUAAAUCUAGGCCAAGGGUUAUUAUACCACUUGCCCGGUAAUCAUGAAUGAAACAACAGAAAUGUUAUACUUGUAUGUGUAUAUGCUUGUAUAUGUUGUUCAGCCGUACGGCCGUAUUACUAUGCUUAUUGUGCAGUGGAAUCCGUUCUAUAUGCUCGAGCUGGGAGAUCCAUGAUGUUGGCAUGAAGCGCGGAGACGUUCAUGACCGACACAGAAAAGGGGAUCGAGAUUCAGAAAUGAAGAUCGAGAUUCAGAAAAGGGGAUCGAGAUUCAGAAAUGAAGAUCGAGAUUCAGAAAAGGGGAUCGAGAUUCAGAAAUGAAGAUCGAGAUUCAGAAAAGGGGAUCGAGAUUCAGAAAUGAAGAUCGAGAUUCAGAAAAGGGGAUCAAGAUUCAGAAAUGAAGAUCAAGAUUCAGAAAUAAAGAUCGGGAUUCAGAAAUCAAGAUCGAGAUUCAGAAAAGGGGAUCGAGAUUCAGAAAUGAAGAUCGAGAUUCGGAAAAAAGGAUCGAGAUUCAGAAAUGAAGAUCGAGUUUCAGAAAAGGGGAUCGAGAUUCAGAAAUGGGGAUCGAGAUUCAGAAAUGAAGAUCGAGAUUCAGAAAAGGGGAUCGAGAUUCAGAAAUGAAGAUCGAGAUUCAGAAAAGGGGAUCGAGAUUCAGAAAUGAAGAUCGAGAUUCAGAAAAGGGGAUCGAGAUUCAGAAAUGAAGAUCGAGAAUUCUGUGUUGCCGAGUGAUGUUCGGCAACACAGAAAAUUUCAGCCCAUGGUUAACACGCAGUCAUUCCGGAUCAUGAAUAUGUAGGCCAAGGGUUAUUAUACCACUUGCCCGGUAAUCAUGAAUGAAACAAAAGAAAUGUUAUACUUGUAUGUGUAUAUGCUUUGUAUAUGUUGUUCAGCCGUACGGCCGUAUUACUAUGCUUAUUGUGCAGUGGAAUCCGUUCUAUAUGCUCGAGCUGGGAGAUCCAUGAUGUUGGCAUGAAGCGCGGAGACGUUCAUGACCGACACAGAAAAGGGGAUCGAGAUUCAGAAAUGAAGAUCGAGAUUCAGAAAAGGGGAUCGAGAUUCAGAAAUGAAGAUCGAGAUUCAGAAAAGGGGAUCGAGAUUCAGAAAUGAAGAUCGAGAUUCAGAAAUGAAGAUCGAGAUUCAGAAAUAAAGAUCGGGAUUCAGAAAUGAAGAUCGAGAUUCAGAAAGGGGGAUCGAGAUUCAGAAAUGAAGAUCGAGAUUCAGAAAAAAGGAUCGAGAUUCAGAAAUGAAGAUCGAGUUUCAGAAAAGGGGAUCGAGAUUCAGAAAUGGGGUUCGAGAUUCAGAAAUGAAGAUUGAGAUUCAGAAAAGGGGAUCGAGAUUCAGAAAUGAAGAUCGAGAUUCAGAAAAGGGGAUCGAGAUUCAGAAAUGAAGAUCGAGAUUCAGAAAAGGGGAUCGAGAUUCAGAAAUGAAGAUCGAGAAUUCUGUGUUGCCGAGUGAUGUUCGGCAACACAGAAAAUUUCAGCCCAUGGUUAACACGCAGUCAUUCCGGAUGACCGAAUGACGAACGGGUUAACAACAUGGAAGGAAAAUCAUUCUCAGCUAAGAGAGUUUUGACCCUAGAAUUAUGAACGGAUAAAGGGAUCAAAACGACUUGAAGAAUCGAUGCUCAGAAAAUCUCAGCCCAUGGUUAACACGAUCAUUCCGGAUGACCGAAUGAUGAACGGGUUAACAACAUGGAAGGAAAAUCAUUCUCAGCUAAGAAAGUUUUGACCCUAGAUUUAUGAACGGAUAAAGGGAUCAAAAUGGCUUGAAGAAUCGAUGCUCAGAAAAUCUCAACCCAUGGUUAACACGGUCAUUCCGGAUGACCGAAUGACGAACGGGUUAACAGCAUGGAAGGAAAGUCAUUCUCAGCCAACGGCUUGGAGUUUGACACUCAGAUAGUCUCACCUCAGCGGUUAACAUGGGAAUCGUUCUGGACAACCGAAUGAGAAACAUAUUAGCAGUUUGGAGGGAGCUAUUAUUUCAGCUAGAGUUUUGACCCUGUAAUUACGCAUUGUUAAAGGGAUCAAAAUGGCCUGGAGUUUGAUGUCAGUGAUUCUCACCUCAGCUUUUUAACACGCAAAAUCAUUCCAGAUGACCGAAUGAGGAACGGGUUAACAGUUUGGAGGGAGCUGAGUCGUCAACUUAGCUAAAUUCGACCCUGUAAUUACGUACGGGUAAAGGGAUCAAAACGGCUUGGAGAUGGUGUCAAGACUGUAAGAUAUGGACGAACCGAGCGACGUUCGGAUAAGGUACGGAUUGUCGUCCGGGGAAUCAGAACUAUGGUUUUGAAAAAUCUCGCCUCAGUCAUUAACUUGAUUUGGAAGCGAGUCGCCCUUUUAGCUAUGAAUAAGGAAUGACCUGAUUCGGUGACCUUGCUUACAGUUUGAAAAGGGUUACCUCAGACCCCUAAUAUGGAUGAUACGAGCCAGAGAGAAUAGUUCGGAAUGCAUCAGAAUUAUGGGUUUGGAAGGGAGAUAGUCUCACCUCAGCUUGUUAACACGUGGGAUCAUUCCGGAUGACCGAAUGACGAACGGGUUAACAGUUUGGAGGGAGCCCCUGUCCCAACUGAGAGUUUGACCCUGUGGUCACGAUCAAAACGGCUUGGAGGAAUUCACCUCAGCUAAAAGAAUUUUGACCCCGUGAAUCACGAACGAUAAAGGGAUCAAAACGGGCUUGGGAAAGGUGUCAGAACAAAUUUGGAAGGGAGAUAGUCUCACCUCAGCUUGUUAACACGUGAGAUCAUUCUGGAUGACCGAAUGACGAACGAGUUAACAGUUUGGAGGGAGCCCCUAUCCGAGCUGAGAGUUUGAUCCUGUGGUCACGAUCAAAACGGCUUGGAGGAAUUCACCUCAGCUAAAAGAAUCUUGACCCCGUGAAUCACGAACGGUAAAGGGAUCAAAACGGGCUUGGGAAAGGUGUCAGAACAAAUAUGGUAAAAACAAAUGAUGUUCGGUAACCUGGAUUGUCAUCCGCAGAAUCAGAAUUCGCAGUAGAUGACCGAAGGACGAAUGCUUUGGAGGAAGAUAUUACAGCCCAUAUAUGUCGACCCUGGCUUUAUGAUCGAACAGAGGGAUGAAAACCAGCUUGGGAAGGGUGUCAGAAUUAUGAGUGUGGACGAAUCCAAGUCGCGUCCGGUAACCCUAAAAACGAAGGAACUAGGAGUUCGGGUUUGAAAAAUACAAAAAGAAAAAAAAACAAUGAAGUAACAAGAUUGGGGAAAGAAUCGAGUUUUAUUCUUCAAACACUACUCGCCGGAAAGUACAAAAGAAAUCAAGAGUAAUACAACUUGGGCAAGAGAUUAUGCUACUGAAUGAUCCCUGAUCGGGGAAGAUAGAGACUGAAAACUGCCAACCUGCGCCAGAUCAUCAGAAACUGCUUUCUGUCUUUAGUAUGGGUGGUCUGGAUCAUCGGAACUAUGGUAUUGGAGGAUGGCCAAUCGAGUCGAGUCGAGUCCAUGUUUGUCGAGUCGAAUCGAGUCGUCCAUGUUUGUCGAGUCGAAUCGAGUCAAGUCCAUGUAUGUCCAGGUCAAGUCGAGUCGAGUCAGAUCCAUUCCUUUAGACUAUGGCAAUGUAAGGACCAUGACAAUGACCAUGGCAUCGUAAGUCCAUAUCACAGCAAGGGCCGCUUUUAUGCAGCACGAACGGGCUCCACAGCACCGUCGUGCCUGAUUCUCGGUCUGGCUUGUCCAUCCUUGAUCUAGGAUGACGUCCGCCGCUCUUAUGCAGCACGAACGGGCUCCACAGCGCCGUCGUGCCUGAUUCUCGGUCAGGCUCGUCCAUGCUUGAUCUGGGAUGACGACCGCCGCUUUUAUGCAGCACGAACGGGCUCCACAGCACCGUCGUGCCUGAUUCUCGGUCGGGCUUGUCCAUCCUUGAUCUAGGAUGACGACCGCCGCUUUUAUGUAGCACGAAUGGGCUCCACAGCACCGUCGUGCCUGAUUCUCGGACUGGCUCGUCCAUCCUUGAUCUAGGAUGACGACCGCCGCUCUUAUGCAGCACGAACGGGCUCCACGGCGCCGUCGUGCCUGAUUCUCGGUCGGGCUCGUCCAUCCUUGAUCUGGGAUGACGACCGCCGCUUUUUUAUGCAGCACGAACGGGCUCCACAGCACCGUCGUGCCUGAUUCUCGGUCUGGCUCGUCCAUCCUUGAUCUAGGAUGACGACCGCCGCUCUUAUGCAGCACGAACGGGCUCCACAGCGCCGUUGUGCCUGAUUCUCGGUCGGGCUCAUCCAUCCUUGAUCUGGGAUGACGACCGCCUCUUUUUUAUGCAGCACGAACGGGCUCCACAGCACCGUCGUGCCUGAUUCUCGGUCUGGCUCGUCCAUCCUUGAUCUAGGAUGACGACCGCCGCUCUUAUGCAGCACGAAUGGGCUCCACAACGUCAUCGUGCCUGAUUCUCGGUCGGGCUCGUCCAUCCUUGAUCUAGGAUGACGACCGCCGCCUUUUUAUGCAGCACGAACGGGCUCCACAGCACCGUCGUGCCUGAUUCUCGGUCUGGCUCGUCCAUCCUUGAUCUAGGAUGACGACCGUCGCUCUUAUGCAGCACGAACGGGCUCCACAGCGUCGUCGUGCCUGAUUCUCGGUCGGGCUCGUCCAUCCUUGAUCUAGGAUGACGACCGCCGCUUCUUUAUGCAGCACGAACGGGCUCCACAGCACCGUCGUGCCUGAUUCUCGGUCUCGCUCGUCCAUCCUUGAUCUAGGAUGACGACCGCCGCUCUUAUGCAGCACGAACGGGCUCCACAGCGCCGUCGUGCCUGAUUCUCGGUCGGGCUCGUCCAUCCUUGAUCUGGGAUGACGACCGCCGCUUUUUUAUACAGCACGAACGGGCUCCACAGCGCCGUCGUGCCUGAUUCUCGGUCGGGCUCGUCCAUCCUUGAUCUGGGAUGACGACCACCGCUUUUUUAUGCAGCACGAACGGGCUCCACAGCACCGUCGUGCCUGAUUCUCGGUCGGGCUCGUCCAUCCUUGAUCUAGGGUGACGAUCGCCACUUUUUUAUGCAGCACGAACGGGCUCCACAGCACCGUCGUGCCUGACUCUCGAUCGGGCUCUUCCAUCCUUGAUCUAGGAUGACGACCGCCGUUUUUAUGCAGCACGAGCGGCUAGCUCUACAGCGCCGUCGUGUCUAGUACGGGAUUGCACCUCAUUUAUGGAUUAUGCAUGCCUUGCGCCCAAGAUUAUUCAAAGACUGAUUCAGGGAUGGCACGAAAGGACGUGAGCAGAGUAUACUUUCUCGAGUAGAUUUGCAGGCUCACUACUCAAGAAACUGGGGGACUUAUGUUGGGGAAUAUUAUCCCGGCCUAUUACUGUUCAAAGGCCCAAGUCAUCACCCGGUAUGAAGCCCGGUCAGCAAGGCCCAUUUAGGCCUACCCGGCCCGUCUUCGGCCUAACCGGCCCGCUAGGAUAGGAAUUGGGCCCAUUAAGGCCCAACCAGCCUGCUGGCCCAUAAGAGAAAAACCCCACCCCUCUUCUAUAAAUAGGAAUCAUUGCUUCCAUGUAAAGGGAUUUUUUGGUCCUUCCCUCCUGGAAGUUAGGCUGCUUUCCUCUUCUCUUCUGGGAAAAUGUUACCUCCUCAUCCUCUUUAGAUUAGAUUAGAUUAUUCAUACUCCAUUGAUGGAGGUUUCUAUACAUGUAUUAUGUAAUUGAGUGAUGGGAGGAUAAUAAUGAGAAAGAGCUGGCUUGGACGUUAGCCUAAAAAGUCCCGUGGUUUUCUCCCUUUCCGGGUUUCCUCGUAAAAAUAGCUAGUUUAUACACUUUUAUAUAUUUAUUCAUUUUAAUACUGAAUUUAUGAUCCUUAAUAUCCGAAGUUAUGUUGGACUUUCGGAUCUACGGGACAAAAACUCAACACCGUUUUAGGGCAUCCAUGUAAUUUCCCUUCAUUACUAACAGACUAGCGUACAUGUGUAUUAUGUUUAGUCAUAUUUAUGUAAACCCAAUUAGUAGUAGUCAUAUUUAUAUAAAAAAACUCAUUACAAAAUUGAACGGUCGGACAAUUAAAACUUAGAAUGUAUUAUUAAAAUCGUUAAUAAUAGAUUCUACACUAACAUUUUUGGCAAUUUAUUUUUCAAUAUACAUCAACAUACAAAUGGUUAAUGAUUUAUAUAUGUAUUAAUAAAUUCACAGUAAUUCAGAAUAAUUCAUUAGAGGUCCAGACUUAUUAUUUUUAUAUCAUGCUAUUACUCAUUCAAUUAAUUGGUAACUAAUAAACAUAAUAACUAAUUACUUGACUAAAUGGCAGAAAAGUCGUAAGAAAGUAUGAUAAAUUCGUAAUAAAUUAUAAUUUUAAAAUGAAUGGAAAUAUGGAAUUCUAAAUAUAUAGUAAAACACGUGAAAUCAUUAAAUAAGGCGGCAUAUUUGAACCAUAGAUAAUCCCAAAUCCAAAACGUACAGUCCGCAAGGUUCCUACUCCACAGUACGAGUUCCAAACUUCUCCAAAUCGAAAGAGACGGACUACGCUUUCAAACGUUAUGUCUCUUGCGCCAUCUUCACUAUCAUGCAAGAUUGCACAAAACUAGUGGAAUUAGCAUAUUAGGGCCUAUCUUAAUUAUUUUAGGCUUAAAUAUGUUUUUGGUCAUAUAUUUUAGGCUUCAUGUAACUCAAAAUAUAGAUCCUAAUCAUGAAUGAGUAGUCACAUUCCAAUUAGCCCCAUGAGGUGCGAGGUAGUUGCUCUUAGAUCCGCACCAGACUUUUAAGGGGUGUCCCUAAUUUGGAUUCUGAAGGAUUUUAAUGGAGUUUAGAAUUACGUCAGAAUUCAGGUGUCUCCGAUUUGGAUUUCUGUAGAAUCCAUGAAAAUAAGGGUGUCAUCAAACAUUCCGUAGAUUUCUGUUGUUACUUAUUUGCACGAAUUUUAAUGGAUUUCGAUGGAUUUCUAUAUACAAAAACAAUCCACCACAAUAUUGUAGACUCCUCUCGGAUUUCAAAAUCCAUGAUCUUUUAAAAUCCAUCAAAGUCAUAAUAGAGGACACCCCCUUAGUAUUGUCCCCACAAUCCAAUACAAACCUUUAUCGCGCAUUUUGUGCUCACUCAUGAUGCCCUGAGAAACUUUUCAGGGGGUCACUCAUUCUAUGACUACUCCUACGUGAACACACUUAAUUUGAAAUUUUCCACAAACGGAGCGAAAAUUGAGAUGUAAGACAAAACCUAAUACGGGGCAUAACUUUUUUUUAGAAAAUUGUGCAAAAUAGGACUGAAUCAUACAAAGUUUACAUUACAUGAUUAGGACCUACUUAGUUUUCUUCCAUCCGUAUUACCUAUUUAGUUCUACAUUAGGAAACUUAUUUCUAACACUCCAAAUUUGCCCCCAGCUUUAAGAAGUAAAACGAAACACUUCCGCCUCUAAUUUUCUUCCGCAGGAGCACCACAGAUCACCUUCUUCUUCCGCAGGAGCACCACACAUCACAUUUCUUCCGCAUGAUCACCGUCAUCCUUUCCAAUGCCGUUCAUCGCUGCCAGAGAGGUCGUCGCCCAUCAUCGCUGGAGCCCUAAACACACACAAACGUCGAAAAAUCAAUUCCGCAGCAAUCACGGCCAUGAAGAACUACUCAUACCCUUCCUAUUCGGAUUCCAACGACUCCUCCCCUAUCCCCCCUAUUUUUGUGAAAUCAAGUUCAAUAUCCUUCGUGGGAUGAUUCUAAUAAGCCCCUUCCUCUCAAUUUCAAGAUCAAGUUCAAUGUCCUCCCAGUUUUAUGUUACCUGCUAUGCUGUUGAGCUAUUGUCAAAACUUAUUUCCUGUUUAAUGACUACUUAUUGUCUAUGUAUUGUCUGCUAUUGAGCUAUUAUUAUAACUUAUUAUCUGUUUAUUGACUACUUACUGUGUACGUAUUGUCUAGUGUUUUCAAGUUUUGUUUUGGGUUUGGUUUUUUCAAAAGUUUUGCAGAAUACGUGGUGGCCUUGUGAAAUAUAUGAAAUAGAAGUUCGAAAUUAGCAAAAAAAUCAAGACCAAGAUUAGAAAAGAAGAAGAAGAUGACGAAGAAGAGGUGGAAGAAGAACAAACCUUCGGUGGUGGCGUUUAAAGGAGUCAAUUGCAGCACCUAUCUGGUGCGUCGGCGACAAUUUCGACAUCGGUAAUGGUGAAACCCGCAACGGUGAUGUUGGCCUAGAUCGACGAUGUUUGUUUGAUGAAUCGUGAGAGGAGAAGCUGUCGUCGAUGAAGCUUGUUUGAUGCGCAUGGGUAUUGAAAAGAAAGGGCAAUUUGGUCAAAUUAGAUGUACUUAGGUCUUACGUAAGUAUGUAUAGUAGUCUUAAUUGUUGAAAUUUCCCAACUUUUUUUUGAACAAAUGGGACGGAUAUAAAUCAUUUGGGCAUCGUGUGCCACUUGAGGAAAGUAAGUAAAUGCAAGGAAAAUGUCAAAGAGUAAAAGCUAAAAGUAGCUAUUUAUUUAUGAAGAUAGUGGUUUUUGUAAUCUUUUUUGUUCAAAACUGCAUUAUAGUGGGAAAUAUAAAAUGCUUAAGUUUCUUAUAUUUCGAAGUUGUGUGGUACAUGAAGCGCUCCCUCCAUUUUUGGAAAACCAUUAUGAUGUUGUAAUGGUAC